AUGCUUCUCCUUACCGCCCUUCUCCCCUGUCUCCUCCUCGCCUCUGCCCACCCCCAUCACACCCGCUCGCACGCCCCCCGCUCAGCCCACGGUGAAGUAUCCGCCCACCCCAGCAUCGACCUCACCCUCCUGCCCACUCGUCAGUUCUCAGAGUGUCUCGAAGACCGGCAAGAAUGGCUCCACGAGCAGACCGACACGCUCUUGCACAAGUAUGCGGCGCUCAUCGACGAUAGCUGGAAGAAGAAUACGAGCUUGGUGAAGAAGGAUGUUGGAGUCGCACAGCUCACGGACGUCAACUACGACGCCUCCUACCUCGGCACAGUCCACAUCGGUACCCCUCCUCAAGAGCUUCUUCUCGUGCUGGACACUGGCUCUGCCGACCUAUGGGCUGCCGGCACCGACUGCGCCAACUGUGGAGAUGGGGAGCGAUUCAACCCUUCAGCAUCUUCGACCUAUCAGGCCAGCAGCGGUACCUUCUCCAUCACCUACGGCUCUGGUAGCGCGUCGGGUGAUCUUGGCACCGAUGUCGUUGAGCUCGCCAACUUUACUGUCCCCAACACCACUCUCGCCGUGGUUGACCAAGCGAGCAGCGGUCUCAUCAGCGCCCCUCUUUCCGGAAUCAUGGGUCUCGCCUUCUCCCGAUUGUCCAACGCCAGAGCUACCCCCUGGUGGGAGACGCUCGUCAAUGCUGGUCGGUGGGAUUCUCCCGAGUUUGGUGUCUACUUGGCGAGGUAUAGAAAUGACCCUAGUGCUUCAACGGUCGAGGGAGAUGGCGGUGCUAUCACUUUUGGCGGUAUCGACACGACAAAGUUUGCCGGCGAGCUCAACUACGUCCCCAUCAACGACUCUGCUCGCGACUACUGGCGUAUCCCACUUGAAGGUUUGACCAUCAACAACCACACCCCCCUCAACCCUUUCCUCCCUCAGAGCUCGACAAGCAACCGACCGCAAGCCGGUAUCGACACUGGUACAACUCUCAUCGGCGCGCCUCCCUCGACCGUGCAAGCCAUCUACGCGCAGAUCCCCGGGUCGUCUCCUCUUCCGCCUUGGAUCAUCGAUGGUCAGGGACUCUGGCAAUACCCUUGCAGUCAGAAUGUAUCGGCACUCUUCCAGUUUGGCGGACAGCAAUACUCGAUGAGCAACACGGAUAUGAACUUGGGGCCAUUCACGUCGGACAGCAGCAUGUGCACCGGGGCGUUCUUUGAAAUGCAAAUGUCACCAAACUCUCCCAUCCAGUGGAUCGUCGGAGCAUCCUUCUUGAAGAAUGUGUAUACGUCGUUCAGGAAUACGCCCACCGCCAUUGGUUUUGCUCCACUCGUCCUCAAUGCCGCUUCCAACAAUACUAUCGCAUGA